UCAAACCAGGCAGCUCGUAAAGGGCUCUUCUGCAUUCCCUCAAAGCGGCUGAUCCUUUCGGUGUAUGGGAGUUAUUAUUUUUCUGCCUUUUUAAAAAAGAUCUGGGUCCAAUCAAUGCAUUUCACCCUGGCUUCCAGUGAUGAGGUGGCUUCUCCCUUGGCUUCUGACAACAACUGGCAUUUUGCAGGCCACUUCCCAGAACUCCACCGCCCCUCCAACCAACCCUACCACCACCACGACCAUGUUGCCCCCUGCCACCUCCGCGGCGACCGAGGCUUACACCCGGAAACAGUACUGUAAGUGGCCAUGCCAGUGCCCCGAGGCGGUCCCCGUAUGCCCGACGGGCAUCAGCCUGCUCACGGACGGCUGUGACUGCUGCAAGAUGUGUGCCAAGCAGGCAGGAGAGAACUGCACCGAGGCUGACGUUUGUGACGUCCACCGGGGCCUUUACUGCGACUACAGCAGAGACAGACCUAGGUACGAAAUAGGAGUGUGUGCACAAAUAGUCGGCGUGGGCUGUCUCCUCAAUGGGAUCCGCUACAAGAACGGCGAGUCAUUCCAACCCAACUGUAAAUACAACUGCACGUGCAUCAAUGGGGCGGUGGGGUGUAUACCUCUGUGUACCGAUUCCAAGCCACCCCUUGUCUGGUGCCCCAACCCCAGGCACAUUAAGAUGACCGGCCAAUGCUGUGAACAGUGGGUCUGUGAUUACUCAAAGAAAAUCAGAAAGACGUCUCCACGGCAUACCUCCUCCGCAGUUUAUGAAGGCGAAAUUGAAUCGUGGCAGAAGAACUGCCUCCUUCAGACCUCUCCCUGGAGCCCCUGUUCAAAAACCUGCGGGAUGGGCAUUUCCACCAGGAUCUCGAACGAUAACGACCAGUGCCACCUGAUGAAGGAGAGCCGGCUCUGCAACCUGCGGCCGUGUGAAGAGGACAUCGCCCAGCACAUCAAGCCUGGGAAGAAAUGCUUAGCUGUGUACAGGAGAGACGAGCCAAUGAACUACACGCUCUCUGGAUGUGCGAGCAAGAUGACCUACAGGCCCAAGUACUGCGGCCUCUGUGUGGAUGACCGCUGUUGUGCUCCGUACAAGUCAAAGACCAUCGAGGUGAGCUUCCAGUGUCCAGACGGGACGGGAUUCUCCAGGAAAAUCAUGUGGAUCAACGCCUGCUUCUGCAACCUGAGCUGCAAUAACCCCAAUGACAUCUUUGCUGACUUGGCUCAUUAUCACGAUUACUCUGAAAUUGCUAACUGAGAGAGAGAGAGAGAGUUGGGCCAAAUCCUGGAAAACAUGGGAGGGAUCGGAGAGGGAAAUCAACCCGCCCUUUUCCAAAUCUUACACAUUAUUACUCUGAUUUUACAGAGGAGAAAGCAAUAAUAAUAAAAAAAACAGAAUCUUUUUAUUCAUCAAAGCAUCCAAGAGAGAAACAGUCUGUAUCUUUUUUUGUGGGUGGUAUGCUGUGAAAAUGAGGGUGGGAAUCCACUUGGCUUUUGCAAACGAUGUGUCAGGUUCGACAGGUUGAGAGACCAGGUCCUAUUCAGGCACAUGGGGCACAACCAUCAGUCAGGAGUUAUGGGAUCUGCAAUCCAAAACAUAUAGAGAGUUACAUGU